GGGAAGGGAGGAGGGCUCCAGACAGAGCGUGGCUGCAUUGUCGCAGUAACACAACUUCUCCCACCGACCAGCUCUUCAGCAGCCCCCCAACAUCCUCCGGUUCGACUUUCCCUGACUCACUGGACAGAGCUGGUCCAGGCUCACGCCUCGUAACCGUCCGGAACCCUCUGAGGGUUUCCCAUUGGCGGGGAGUCCCAGCUGCUGUCACUGAGAUAGAUCUGGCGCAGGAGCUGACAGACAGAGAUAGCAGCUUCUUGCUUCGCCCGGCGCCGGGAGACACCAAACCGGUCGUCGGGAAGCGGAGGUUUCGGCUAGUUGGAAGCUAACUGGCGUUAGCCGGAGAUUUCCUGUCAGACCAGCGCCUUUAAUGGGUUUGACGCCUAAUUGAAGAGUCGCGCCGUGGAGAAGAUGGAAUAAAGCAUGAAGGGUGGGACUAUUUUGCCAUUUAAAUAGGAGGGCGUCGCUUUAAGGCUGUGAUCUGCAGCUUCACUGUGUAACUGAGCUGGGGGACUGAGGGGAAGAUGCCACCCAGGCCAUCUUCAGGGGAGCUGUGGGGCCUCCACUUGAUGCCCCCCAGGAUCCUGGUGGACUGCCUUCUGCCCAAUGGGAUGAUUCUGACCCUGGAGUGUCUCCGUGAGGCCACACUUAUCACCAUCAAGCACGAGCUGUUCAAGGAGGCCAGAAAAUAUCCACUCCAUCACCUCUUACAGGAGGAGACUUGCUAUAUCUUUGUUAGUGUGACACAGGAGGCAGAGCGGGAGGAAUUCUACGAUGAGACCCGCAGGUUGUGUGACCUCCGACUCUUCCAGCCGUUCCUCAAAGUCAUUGAACCAGUUGGCAACAGAGAAGAGAAAAUACUCAAUAGGGAGAUUGGGUUUGCCAUCGGUAUGCCUGUUUGUGAGUUUGAUCUUGUAAAGGAUUUCGAAGUUCAGGACUUUAGAAGAAACAUCCUCAAUGUAUGUAAAGAUGCUGUGGAGCUGAGAGACGCCAACGGCCCCCACAGCAGAGCGCUAUACGUUUACCCACCCAAUGUGGAGUCAUCACAGGAUCUUCCCAAACACAUCUAUAGCAAACUUGACAAAGGUCAGAUAAUUGUUGUGAUAUGGGUGAUCGUAUCCCCAAACAAUGACAAACAAAAGUAUACAUUGAAGAUCAACCACGAUUGUGUGCCUGAACAGGUGAUUGCGGAGGCCAUUCGUAAGAAGACGCGCAGCAUGCUGCUGUCUCCAGAGCAGCUAAAGAUGUGCGUCCAAGAAUAUCAGGGAAAAUACAUCCUCAAAGUCUGCGGCUGUGAUGAGUACCUGCUGGAAAAGUACCCCAUCAGUCAGUAUAAGUAUAUCCGUAGUUGCAUCAUGUUGGGCAGGUUGCCCAAUCUGAUGCUAAUGGCUAAAGACAGCCUGUACAGCCAAUUGCCUACAGACAGCUUCGUCAUGCCGUCAUACUGUCGACGCAUCUCCACGGCAACGUCGUAUAUGAACGGCGAGGCUGCUCCAAAGUCGCUGUGGACCAUCAGCGGAGGUCUCAGGAUAAGAAUCCUUUGUGCCACCUACGUAAAUGUAAAUAUACGGGACAUAGACAAGAUAUAUGUGAGGACGGGGAUUUAUCAUGGAGGUGAACAAAUGUGUGAUAAUGUCAACACACAGAGAGUACCAUGCUCCAAUCCCAGGUGGAAUGAGUGGCUCAACUAUGACAUGUACAUCCUAGACAUCCCUCGAGCAGCGCGACUCUGUCUCUCCAUCUGCUCUGUGAAGGGCAGGAAGGGAGCUAAAGAGGAGCACUGUCCUUUGGCCUGGGGCAACAUCAACCUGUUUGAUUACAAUCACACUCUGGUGGCAAAUAAAAUGGCCCUGAACCUCUGGCCUGUCCCUCAUGGACUGGAAGACCUUCUCAAUCCCAUUGGGGUUACAGGAUCCAACCCCAACAAGGAAACGCCAUGUCUGGAGCUGGAGUUUGAGCACUUCAGCAGUCCGGUAAAAUAUCCAGAUAUGAAUGCGGUGGAGGAGCAUGCAAACUGGACCAUCUCCAGGGAACUGGGGUUUAACUACAACACCUCAGGACAGAGUAAUCGUGUGGCCAGAGAUCACGCCCUGACAGACAGUGACUCUGAACAACUGAAGCAGCUGAGUAACAGGGACCCUCUGUCAGAAAUAACUGAGCAGGAGAAAGACUUCCUCUGGAGACACAGGCACUAUUGCAUGAACAUCCCUGAGAUCCUUCCCAAGAUCCUUCUUGCUGUCAAAUGGAACUCCAGAGAUGAAGUAGCACAGAUGUACUGUUUGCUGAAAGAGUGGCCAUCUAUCCGUCCUGAGCAGGCCAUGGAGCUGUUGGAUUGUAACUACCCAGACCCCAUGGUCAGGCACUUUGCUGUACGCUGCCUUGACAAAUUCCUGGCGGAUGAUAAACUGUCCCAGUACCUCAUCCAGCUUGUACAGGUUUUGAAAUACGAGCAGUAUCUUGACAAUCCACUGGCCCGCUUCCUCCUCAAAAAAGCUCUGACCAAUCAGAGGAUAGGGCAUUUCUUCUUUUGGCAUCUCAAGUCAGAAAUGCACAAUAAAACUGUGAGCCAGCGGUUUGGGCUGCUGUUGGAGGCUUACUGCAGGGCUUGUGGGAUGUACCUCAAGCACUUGAGCCGGCAGGUAGAAGCAAUGGAGAAACUCAUCAACCUCACUGAUAUUCUCAAGCAAGAAAAGAAGGAUGAGACACAAAAGGUCCAAAUGCGGUUUCUUGUGGAGCAGAUGAAGAGACCCGACUACAUGGAUGCCCUGCAGAACUUCACCUCUCCUCUCAACCCUGCACACCAACUGGGAAACCUGAGGUUAGAGGACUGCAGGAUUAUGUCAUCUGCAAAGAGGCCGCUGUGGCUGAACUGGGAGAACCCGGACAUCAUGUCAGAGAUGCUUUUUCAGAACAACGAGAUCAUUUUCAAAAAUGGAGAUGACUUGCGUCAGGAUAUGCUGACAUUGCAGAUCAUUAAAAUAAUGGAGAACAUUUGGCAGAAUCAGGGACUGGAUCUGCGGAUGCUGCCCUAUGGCUGUCUGUCGUUAGGAGACUGCGUGGGGCUCAUCGAGGUGGUCCGUAGUUCCCACACCAUCAUGCAGAUUCAGUGUAAAGGAGGCUUGAAGGGAGCCUUACAGUUCAACUCCAACACUCUGCAUCAGUGGCUCAAGGACAAAAACAGGGGAGAGAUGUAUGACAUGGCUGUGGAUCUGUUCACCAGGUCCUGUGCUGGCUACUGUGUAGCUACAUUCAUCCUGGGGAUUGGAGAUCGCCACAACAGCAACAUUAUGGUUAAAGAUGACGGACAGCUGUUUCAUAUAGAUUUCGGGCAUUUCCUGGAUCAUAAGAAGAAGAAAUUUGGCUACAAAAGAGAACGGGUACCUUUCGUGCUGACGCAGGACUUCCUCAUUGUCAUCAGUAAAGGAUCACAGGAAUGCACAAAAACCAAAGAGUUCGAAAGGUUCCAGGAGAUGUGCUACAAAGCUUACCUAGCCAUCCGCCAACAUGCCAACCUCUUCAUCAACCUGUUCUCCAUGAUGCUGGGCUCCGGGAUGCCUGAGCUGCAGUCCUUUGACGACAUCGCGUACAUCCGAAAAACGCUGGCGCUCGAGAAAGGCGAGCAGGAAGCAUUGGACUACUUUAUGAAACAGAUGAACGAUGCUCACCAUGGAGGGUGGACCACCAAGAUGGACUGGAUAUUCCACACAAUUAGACAGCAUGCACUCAACUGAUACCUCACCCACAAACCAGUCCCACCGUGGAGUAUUAUUACACCGAAGCAGCAAACUCUUCCAAGAAGUUCAUUUCUGCAUGACAGCAGACUAGCAAGCAGUCUACCAAUGAGGGAACUGUUUUUAUACACGUAUAUAUUUCUUUUUUGAAGCACCUUUUUUUUUGUUCAGUCAAAUGUGGUUCCAUUUUUUUUUGUAUUUUAAAUACACGUUUGUCUGCUUUCUGGUGUGUGCACUGGUCUCAGAUUGAGUAAGGGUCUUCAUGAGAGCAGUGUGAUGUUUGCAUAUCAUGUUGCCGUGCAUCAUCCUGUUUUUGUUGUUGUUGUUUUUUUCAUCCAUCAGAGCGAUUUGACAAAAUCCAGGGUCACGUCAUCCCUCGCUCUGCUGCUCUCAGAAGAAAAGCCCAGGUUUCACAGCGCAGCUUAAGAAGCUGCAUCUGCCAAUGUAUCAAUGUAGCCACAACGUAAGUCCAACUUACUUCCCUCCUCGGCCAUAAGAGUGCUGCACUUUGGUUCGUCAUCGCUAGAAAGGUAGCGGCCACAAGCACCUUUUUUUUUGUUCUAUUCUUUUUUGUUGGCGUGUAAGUGACAAUUUGUCGUUUUCCACUACAGCAGAAGUGUAGUGGAAUCGUUUAGAUCGUCUUCCAUCGUUUUGGAUGUAUCAACUCGUUUAUGGAAAUCAGAAACAUCUAACAAAGUUAGACUCUAACCAGAAUUUUUAGGGGUUUAUUGUGUUUUUCUUUUUUUACUUUUAUUUAUUUAUGUACAGUGUUUAGUUUCCAAACCCAACCCUAACAUUAUCAACAGUAUGUGUAGAGACAUGUCUUAUUUUUGGAUUAUUUCCAGCUUCCUGUGCAGCUGCCAACCUUAUUCCUCAUUAUCACAUCAUCAGCCUAAUCCUGCUGAUUCCUUUUUUUAUUUGUGCUCUCAGUCACUUUAUUGUAAUAUUUAUUUUGGCCUCGUGAAUAGUUAAUUUUUUGUUAUUAUGAUAUGGUUGCUGCCCCAUUUUUAUCACUUUUUUUUUGGCAAGUUAAAAAAAAAUCCUAUUUUAUAUGUAACUGGGUUUAUAAUUAGUUUCUUUUUCUGUUAGCAAUUGGAUGCUCAGGGGAAUGUCUCGUCUUCCUCUUUAUUUAAAUGCCUUUGAAUCACUGAAAAACUGCACAAUGUUGCACAAUGUUAAACCCAAAAACCUGGCACUAGUUUAAGAAAAGAAACCCUUUAAAGGGAAACUGUCUAAUUUGACUCAGAUUACCAAAAAAAAAAAAUAUUGAACUAAACCUCGUCUUUUGCAUAUAUUGACUCUUAAGCUGUGAUAUCGUGUUAGAAGAUGGAAAUCAUCCAAAUUAUUACAAGGGGGGAACAAAAGGGAAUUUUGACCUAAAAUAGAAGUAUUUUUGUAUGUUUUUGCUUCAUAACAGAUUUAAAAAAUACUAUUUGUGAAGUUUAGUUUGGGAUGCAGCUCUUUAAUAAGGAAAACUCUAGUGAAGCUGUUAUCGUAGUAUUUGAAUGGGAAUGUCUCCAAGUAGACAUCCACAGGAGCUCAGUGAAUAUAAAGACAUUCGGAUCAACAUGAUCAUUACAUCAACAUGAAUGAUCAGCCAGUUGAACUGAUUGUGGUGUUGGGCCGAAGCUGCAUCAGUGGCAUGAAUGUAUUUCAUUAGAAGGGUGGAGACGACGUGCGCUCAGACGCUGAGAGCUCUUUCCUCUCUCUGAUCCUAUUUUUGGUGCAUCAGAAAAAAAGAUCAUACUCUAAGGGGUUAGAAAAAAAGUGUUGGUCUAAUCCUUUUUUUACUUUAAAGCCUAGUAUGCAUGUUUGUAAAACGGCCUCACCUGUAGGAAGACUCCAUAUUGAAGAAACGUCGAGCAGGUCGUUGGUCUGACCUUUUGUUUGUCUCUGCUAUGAAUGAUGGGUAAAAAUCCACCUGUACAUACUAAAGGUUGCGUGUGCCAUACGAACUCUUCUGCACGGGCUGCAGGCUUUCAUUGGCAGGUCCCAGUGACUCCGGCAGCUGUGUCGUCUUUAGAUGUUCCGACUCCCCCCUCCUGACGACAGGCGUGUGCCAAAAAAACAAAAAAAACAGUUUAUAGAGAAACAAACCUCUCUGAUGGGUCGUUUUACUUGAAAUUUUGUGACUCUAAAUCCCCUCUGUAUUUAGGUAGCUGUAUUUGGUGGGGGGGGGGGGGGGGGGGGGGUUGUUUAGUAUUUUUUGUGAGUGUGUGUGUGUUGUGGAGUGUGUGUGAGCCACAGUGGGUGUAUGUCCGAUUCCAGUGGUGAUUGUUUUUUGCAUUUUUUGCGCUGCAGUCCAUUAUUUUAGAAUAAAGACUCCAUUAAGAUAGUGCUUUAUAACAAUGAGGUGACAAGAAAGCUUUUUUUGUUUCAUUGAUCCAACAGAUCCUUCAAUCCAAGCACGUCUGUGUACAUUUGUUGUUGGUGCCCGUCUUUGUUGCUGAAUCAACUGAGGUUUUUUUUUUCUCUCUCUCUCUUUAUGGUAAAAAACUCAGUGCAAUAUUCCUGCUGUUUUUCCCAACAGCUGCCUGAAAAUCAGUUCUUCAGAACCUACAGCUGCAGGUUUUUUAUUCAUUUUUUUCUACUAACUUUAUUGAUUAAGACAUGGAUAAAGAAAAAUCCGCCUGGGUUUAAAGGUAAAACAUGGUGGAUAAAGACAAAUUCCCUCAUGGAUUUAUGUUCACUAUGCAUCACUAUGAUAUUUCCUAAAAUGUUCCAUAUUGUCAGUAUACAAUUCUGUAUGAUGGGCCAAUGAAUUGUUUCUCUCAAUCCUACCUGCAUGAGAUGGAUAAAAAACAAAACAAAAAAAACAAUAUUCCUCUGGCUACAUUCAGUUUUUGAUAUAUUUUUUAAGGCACCUGUGAAAAUGUUGCUAAAUGAAUGCCUUAAGUUUGUUUCCUGUAGUUUCUAGGACAAGUUUACUCUAACUUGAAGUAACCUGCCUUUUUUAUUUAUGAAUGUUUCUCUUUUUUGCUAAGUUGCCAGAGUUCGGGUUUGAACCCUGACUGACUGGUCAUCUGAGUGUUCUGUGACGAUGUACAAAUAAAUUUGUUAAACA